CUGACGUCCACAUCGACCUCUAUCCAUCCCCACUUGACCACUCGAGAGACUCCUCCCUCGUUUUGACAAAUAAUAGAACCCAAGCCGAAGCUAAACCAUUACCAAGAGCAUCAAUCGUCUCAAUAUCUGAACCGGAUUUCUCAAUCACUACCAAUCUUGCCUUGAUAAGUGUUGCCCAUAUUCAAACUAGUUGUCCUGUUUGACACGGCACCAGUCCUUGUCCUAGUCGUAAGCCUGAUUUACGAACAAGAGUGAUCAAACUCUUUGGAAAUGCCUUAUAACACAACGGCGAUACCCCCUCGGCGGGACCCGACCGGCCAAACUCAGCUGCCCUUGACGAGGGUGAAGAAGAUCAUAGCGCAGGACCAGGACGUACAGAUGUGCUCGAAUAAUGCAGCUUUCAUCAUCACACUUGCUGCGGAAUUAUUCGUCCAGCAUAUCGCCACUGAGGCUCACAACAUGGCCAAGAUGGACCGCAAGCCCAGGCGGAAUAUCCAGUACAAGGAUUUUGCCAACGCAGUGGCGCAUCAAGAAAGCCUCGAGUUCUUGACAGACGUUGUGCCCAAGACGAUCGCGUUCAAGGACAUUAAGGAGCGCGCAUCUAACACGCAGGCGCGUCUCAGAGGCGAGAAGCCAGCCGCUGAUGCUGAGCCGCCUGCGCUGAUGCCCAAUGGCAAGCGGCAAAAAUCGCUACUGAACGGGGAUGAAUCAGUCAUCAGUAACGGGUUCAGUCACGGAAGGCACAGCAUCCUAUCCGAAGAUGACCCAAGCAGGCAGUUGGAGCUGGAGAUGAGGCAGGCUGGCGGUAAGGAUCAAGACCAGGACGUCGACAUGACUGGAUAGUGGCAAGUCCGGAGAUGACUUCCGGAACGGGCCACUCGUAAUGUUCACAAGCACAAUGAUGGCGGAGUUGCGCAGAGACGGACCUCCAGCCAAUGCUCUACUGUAAUGCAGUCAACAAGAUGAUGUACUUGAAUACUUGUCUUGGUAUAAGACCUUCUAGUCAAACCCCACAGCAAAACUUUUGGAAACCGAAUGUGAAAGACAAACAUAGCAUUGGCAAGAUGGGCCAGUAACUCCUUGUCGAUACGCCAACCCUUGGGUAAUAUGCACGUUUCUUCGCAAAUAUAAAUCGGGUUAAUUCCAUAGCCAAAGUUUAUUCCUCCA